AUGAUCCGGACCCCUCAUGAGGAGCUGGAACCCGAACCCCAGGAAGAGGUCAUGGGUGUGAGGGGGCUGCAGGUCCCGGUCCUGGUCCUGGUCCUGGUCCUGAUUCUGCUGGGACUGAUGGGGCUCCGCUCUGCUCUGUGUGCAGCUGUUGCCGUGGUUACCUCUAACUGCCCCCCCCUGGAGGAACUGUUGCCGUGGCUACCACUAACUGCCCCCCCCCCCCCCGUGUGUGCAGGCUGCAGCGAGCAGGUGGAGGUGCACACGGAGCGGAGGGGCGUCAUCUACAGCCCCUCCUGGCCCCUGAACUACCCCCCCGGGGUAAACUGUAGCUGGAGGAUCCAGGGAAACCAGGGAGACGUCAUCACCAUCAGCUUCCGUAACUUUGACGUGGCUGAGUCGGGCCGCUGCUCCGGGGACUCUCUGCUGCUGAGUCCGGCCUGGCGGUCCGAGGCCCGGCUGUGCGGCUCUGCCACGCCGCCGCCCUUCAUCUCCAGCAGGGGGCGCGUCUGGCUCUACUUCCACGCCCAGCUGAACAGCUCCGGCCAGGCGCAGGGCUUCCGCCUCGCCUACAUCCGAGGUCACCUGGGCCAGAGCAGCUGCCAGCCGGAUGAGUUCCUGUGCGGCAACGGGAAGUGCGUCCCGCGCAUCUGGAGGUGCAACGGCCAGGAUGAGUGCGGCGACGCGGCGGACGAGCGCGGCUGCUCGCCGCCCCCCACCGACUUCCAGCCCGGCGUCUGCCCCCCCGGGUCGCUGCCCUGCACCGAGGCCCAGACCACCCGCUGCCUGCCCGCCGGCCUGCGCUGCAACGGCGCCCGGGACUGCGGCGACGGGUCGGACGAGUUGGGCUGCCCCGACACGGCCUGCGGCCGGCGCCUGGGCAACUUCUACGGCUCCUUCGCCUCGCCAGACUUCUUCCGGGCCGAGCGGGGCGGCGGCUCGGAGCUGCGCUGCUCUUGGCUGCUGGACACGCAGGACCCCAAGCCCAUCGUGCUGCAGCUGGACCUGCAGCUGGGGCCCGGCGACGCGCUGCACGUGUACGACGGGCCGGUGCAGAGCGGCGAGCACCUGCUGCAGGUGCUGUCGCACCACAACAACCGGCGGCCGGCGCUGCUGGAAUCCAGCCGCGGCCAGAUGAGCCUGCUGUACACGGCGCAGCCGCGCAGCCCCGGACACGGCUUCAACGCCACCUACCAGGUCAAAGGUUACUGCUUCCCCGGCGAGCGGCCCUGCGGCAGCGACCAGGGCUGCUACUCGGAGCGCCAGCGCUGCGACGGCUACUGGCAUUGCCCCUCCGGGCGCGACGAGGAGGCGUGCGCGGCGUGCCCCGACGGCGAGUUCCCCUGCGAGGGCGGCAGCGACCUGUGCUACGCGGCGGCGGAGCGCUGCAACAACCAGAAGAAGUGCCCCGACGGCUCGGACGAGAAGAACUGCUACGACUGCCAGCCCGGGAACUUCCACUGCGGCACCAACCUGUGCAUCUUCGAGACGUGGCGCUGCGACGGCCAGGAGGACUGUCUGGACGGCAGCGACGAGCGCGACUGCCUGGCCGCCGUGCCGCGCAAGGUGAUCACGGCGGCGCUGAUCGGCAGCCUGGUCUGCAGCCUGCUGCUGGUCAUCGCGCUGGGCUGCGCCCUCAAGCUGCACUCGCUGCGGAGCCGGGAGUACAGAGCCUUUGAGACCCAGAUGACCCGGAUGGAGGCGGAGUUUGUCCAGAGGGAAGCUCCUCCCUCGUAUGGUCAGCUGAUCGCCCAGGGCCUCAUUCCUCCGGUGGAGGAUUUCCCGGUGUACAACCCCACUCAGGCCUCCGUGCUGCAGAACCUCCGGCUGGCGAUGCGCAGACAGAUCCGACGCCACUCGACGCGGCGCUCCACCUUCUCCUCCGCCCGCCGGCGUCUCGGGCGCCUGUGGAGCCGCCUGUUUCAGGGGGGGCCCCGCGGCCGGGGCCGCGCCUCGUCGACAGACUCCCCGGGUCAGAUCACGCUGGGGCUGCACAGCUACCGGACCGUGGAGGAGCGGGGGCCUGAGGGCGGGGCCGCAACAGGAGCCGGGCUCGGGUGGGACACGGGGGCCGACGGGGGUCCACCGGGGUCCUGCUACUCCCCCGGGGGGGGCCUGCAGCCCUGCACCCCCGAGAGCCCCGGGACCCCUCUGUCCCCGCACUCGGGGGACAGUCCGGACGAGCCGUCGCCCGUGGGCAGCGAGGACACCGGGGGGCCACACUCGGGGCCCCCCACACCUUUUCAGAGUGACUCCUCGGGGGACAGACUUCUCCCCACCCCCCCGCUGGCCUCGGCGCCCCCCUGCCACUACCGGCAGUCCAGGAAACUGGUCCUGGAGCUGGCGGUGAACUUGAAGGGGGUUUCCUUGAGACGUUACUCCCCCUUGGGGCCCUUGUCCCCCCUGUCCCCCCCCGUGUUUCCCACCAGCCCCCAAACACAAUCAAACCAACCCACCCCCCAGGCGUCAGAGGUUACGUCCCCCUCCGAGCCCACGACGGCGGGCGCCGACGGCCGCUUCGCUCUUAGCAUGCCCAGCAGGGAGGCCCGGAGCCGGGAUGGGAGGAAGAGGAAGAGGAAAAGCAGACUGGGCCGGCUGGGCCGGGCCCCCAGCGAGGAGGGGGGUGGCCCGGGGACGGGGGCGGCAUGGUGA